CCCCACGGCCUCGCGUCCGAGUCAUUCACUUCUUCCUGUCACACAUAUCUCGCAAUGGCCUCAACAUCAACGUCCUCAUCGGCGGAGAACAUCGCUCGCAGAGCAAAGACGGCCUUCCAAGAGGCACAGAAGCGACUUCCUGGGGGAAAAGAGGCCGAUGCUGCACGAGCUAGGGCACUCGAGAAGAUCCGGGCGGCCCUUGAGGAGGCAAAGGAUGAGAUCAAGCAGGCAAACGAGAAGGACAUGGAGGCCGCAAACGUCCUCGUCCAACAAGGCAAGCUAUCCACCUCCCUCGUCUCCCGUCUCGACCUCUUCUCCAAGCCAGGCAAGUGGGCUUCCAUGCUUCAAGGUGUCAGCGAAGUAGCCGCUCUCCCCACACCACUCGAUGUCUGCACCUAUGCCAAGCGCCUGGCCGACUCUGAUGCUAGCAGGGGCGCGCUGGACCUGUACCGCGUCACCUGCCCCAUCGGCGUGUUGCUUUGCAUCUUUGAGGCUAGGCCAGAGGUCAUCAUCAAUAUUGCUAGCUUGGCAAUCAAGUCUGGCAACGCGGCGAUCUUGAAGGGAGGUAAAGAGAGCAAAAUGACUGCAGCGGUCAUGAGUAGGGUCGUUGCGCAGGCGCUUGCGCAGACCGAGCUCCCUGCCGACGUUAUCCAGACAGUGGAGACUAGGGAGGAUGUCGCGGAUCUGCUGCAUCAGGAUCGCUACAUCGACCUCGUGAUCCCACGAGGCAGUAACGAGCUGGUGCGAAGCAUUCAGCGCGAAGCCCGAAUGCCCGUGAUGGGCCACGCCGAUGGGCUGUGUCUCAUCUACGUGCACGAAGACGCAGACACUACCGCAGCCGUGGGAAGCAUCGUCGACGCGAAAAUCGACUAUACUGCCGCAUGCAAUGCAGUGGAGACGCUCUUGCUCAACGAGAAGCUGGUUGAGGGAAAGGGCAAGGAUGCUCAGCUUUGGCCAAAAUUGGCCGAGGCGCUGCUGAGGAAGAAGGUGACGUUGCAUUGCGAUCAGAAGAGCAAGGCGGCACUCGAGGCGGCAGGGCUGGACCGCGAGCUGGCGUCGAGCAUCGUGGACGUCAAGGAGGAGGACUAUGACACCGAGUUCCUUGACCUGGACCUCGCAGUCAAGGUAGUCCCUGGCAUCGAUGAGGCCAUUGACCACAUCAACGCGCAUGGCUCAAACCAUACCGACGCCAUCUUCACUACCUCCUCCUCAGCCUCGGACCGCUUCACUCGCUCCCUCAGCAGCGCAAACGUCUUCGUCAACUGCUCGACGCGCUUCGCCGAUGGUUUCAGGUAUGGCUUCGGCACGGAGGUGGGCAUCUCCACUGGUCGCAUACACGCGAGAGGCCCCGUGGGCUUGGAGGGGCUGGUGACGUACAAGUACCUGGCAAAGGCGGGCAAAGAAGGCGGGGUACAGGCGGCAGGGGCUUUCAAUGGGGAUGGGGCGAGGGAGUGGAGUCACAGGGAAUUGGAGAAGGGCUACCCUAUCUUCUGAGGGGAGGGCGAGGAGCGAUGAAGAAGUGUGGACGACAUAGACGAAUUGGAUUGCUGUCCAUUCGAGUUGAAAGAAGCAGAGUAUGCUGAUGAUGCUGAAUGAACAUUCACAACGACCCAGGGCACUCACUUGCCGCCCAUACCGUAUCCACCCUGCUGCUGUUGCUGCUGCUGGUAAUGCGAAGGCAAGAUAGGCGAAGGCCCGCCUCGACGACGGAACGCAGCAGCGUCGUGCAUACCCGUGGGGCUCUCUGUCCUCGCCGGCGUGUUCGCCCCGCCAGUCAUAGCCCCGAAUCCACCAGGCGUGACCAUCCCGCUCACCUCACCACCGAUAGGCUGAUCCGUCUG